AUGUCUUCUCCAGCGCCUAAAGGUGGCUAUCGGGGUGGUCGCGGAGGCUUUAGUGGAGGUCAGGGCGGAGGUCGCGGCGGGGGUCGCGGCGGGGGUGGCGAGGCCCGCGGACGUGGCAGAGGAGGCCGUGGUGGUGGUGGUCGCCCUCACGCUGAACCGCAAGUAUUCAGCCCGCCCGUUGCGCCAACACUUGAUCUAGGCACAAAAACCAUAGAGAACGAGUAUAAUAGUAAAGUUCGGGAGCCAGGGCUGGAGGCGCUCUCCCUGGAUCGCCAAUUCCCGCUUCGCCCAGGAUAUGGAACCCGAGGUCGACAUGUUCUUCUGUGGGCAAAUUACUUCCAGUUGGUUGCCAAGCAGAAUACGGCCUUCUACCGUUACAACAUUGAAAUCAAGGCUCCAGGCAAGUGCCCUGAACCAAAGGGAAAAAAAGUGAAAAGAAUCAUCGAGCUGCUACUGGAAGAUCAUCUCCAGGAAUUCCGUGGUCGUAUUGCAACCGAUUUCAAAGCAACUCUCGUCUGCCGUGAUUCGCUUCAAUUUGAGUCGCAGGUUUUCGAUGUCGCAUAUCGCGCGGACAAUGAGGAUACGCCGCCAGCCGAUCCAGAUGUUUAUCAAGUGCGUGUCCUUGCCACAGGGUCCAUUGGUGUGGCGGACAUCCUCAAUUACUUGUCGUCUGCGAACCUAAGUGAAAGAUAUGAUAGAAAGGAGGAAAUCCUUCAAGUGCUGAACAUAGUCGUGGGACAUUCCCCGAAGACGAAGGGAAAUAUUCUCACCGUUGGCGCGAACCGCCAUUUUCAACUGGGACCGAGCGCCGAGAAAUCGAAUCUUCAAGGUGGCCUUGAAGCCUUGAGAGGCUACUUCGUUAGUGUGCGUGCUGCCACCGCUCGGCUUCUUGUGAAUGUACAAGUGAAACACAUUGCUUGCUUAAAUGAAGGUCCGUUAAAAAUGGUUAUCACAGCUAUAGGCGGGAAUUAUAAGAGGCUACAAACUUUUUUGAAAGGCAAGAGAGUUCAACUCUUACAUCUUCAGAAAGUUAAAGGAAAUCAACGAAUUCCAAGGGUGAAGACGAUCACUGGUUUCGCGAAUACAGAUGACGGACGUGGUCUCGAACACCCUCCGCGUGUUGCACACUUCGCAGCUGGCCCAGACAAGGUACACUUUUACCUCAAAGGUCCUCUGAAAGAAGGCCAAAGCCAAUCAGAAGGGAAAGGUGGUAAGAAAGGCAAACGCGGCAAAGGCAAAGAAAAAGAUAAAGCCGGGGCGGUCCCUGACCAUGGGUAUAUCAGUGUCUAUGAAUAUUUCAGCCGUGCGCACAAUAUCAGUGUGAUGGACUUAAAAAUGCCUGUUGUCAAUGUUGGUAGCAAGCAAAACCCAAGCUAUCUACCGGGCGAAGUUUGCUAUGUUGAGGAAGGUCAGCCUUCGAAUACCAAGUUGACUCCAACGCAAUCGCGGGCAAUGAUUAAAUUUGCCGUAAGACCACCUUACGAGAAUGCCAAAUCCAUCACCGGGAGGGGUACCCAGGUAAUUGGCGUCGCUCCAAAUACUCCGCAAGUGCUGACAAACAUGGGUCUCUCGAUCAGCCCCCAUUUGAUUGCGGUUGAUGGCCGUGUUUUGGAAGGACCUGUGAUUCGUUAUGGAGAGAGUUCAAAAUAUGCAAAGGGAGCAAGCUGGAAUUUAACAGGUGUAAAGUUCCCGCAGGCGUCCACGCUAUCGCAGUGGACAUACCUAUAUCUUCCAGGCGCAACCGAUCAAGAUAUCUCGGAGAAGAUCAAAGAAUUUAUAUCAACCGCUGGAAAGCACGGACUCAAGGUCUCGAAUCCUCUUCCACCAGUCUGGUUCGGGGAGCGUUUCUACGAUAGAGAUAAUUCUGAGACGCUUGCUGACAAAGUUGAUCGUGCUUUCGACGGACUUUUGGAAAGGCAUCCGUAUGUUAAAUUUGUGCUCGUCAUCCUACCCCUUGAAGACUCGAGCAUUUACAACCGAGUGAAGUAUCGGGGUGAUAUUCAAAAUGGAAUUCACACCGUCUGUGUGCUUGCGAAUAAGUUCCGAGGAAUUCAAUAUUGUGCGAAUGUCGCCUUGAAAUUCAAUUUGAAGCUGGGUGGCACGAAUCAUGUUCUUGACUCCUCAAAAUUGGGGGUCGUUGGGGAAGGCAAGACUAUGCUUGUUGGUAUCGACGUCACUCAUCCUUCUCCCGGCUCGUCUUCGCAAGCACCAAGUGUCGCGGCCGUGGUUGCAAACGUUGAUAAAUAUUUGGCACAAUGGCCGGCGUCAAUUCGCCUGCAGCAAGAGCCAAAAGCGGAAAUGGUUGAUAAACUUCAAGAAAUGCUCGAAUCUCGCCUACGACUUUGGCAGAGGAGAAAUAAUGCAACUUUACCUGAGAAUCUUCUCGUUUAUCGGGAUGGAGUAUCCGAAGGGCAGUAUAAUAGGGUCCUAGAAGAAGAGCUGCCUUUAUUACGCAAAGCAUGCGAACGGUUGUAUCCAGCAACAUGGACAAAAAAGAACCUUCCGCGGAUUUCCAUUAUCGUUGUUGGCAAGCGCCAUAGCACGAGAUUUUACCCAGUGACUUUGAACGAAGCUGAUGCUAACUCCAAUCCAGUCAACGGAACAAUUGUCGACCGAGGAGUCACUGAGGCGCGGAAUUGGGAUUUCUACUUGCAGGCCCAUACAGCUCUCCAUGGGACGGCCAAACCGGCCCAUUACUUUGUUAUUUUGGAUGAGAUCUUUAGAGCACGGAAAACGGGAGCUGCGACGAGCGACGCCCUGGAGAAUCUUACUCAUAACCUUUGUUACCUCUUCGGCCGUGCGACUAAGGCGGUCAGCGUUUGUCCGCCAGCAUACUACGCUGACCUUGCUUGCGAACGUGCGCGACGUUAUCUCAGCAGCUAUUUUGACGCAAGUCCAUCGGAAACCGUUGUUUCUGGACAAACUGGACAGGGUCCGAGUGAGGAUGAGCUGAGAAUCCACCCAAACCUCGAAAACUCGAUGUUUUACAUCUGAGACUAUUGACCUUUAAUGAUCUUAGCGCCGUGAAUUUGGUGGUUUCAUUUGUAUCUGUUCUCAAAUUGACAUCUCACUCUUACGCAGUAUGAAACCUGGCUUAUCUGUUCUUUUAAAUUGUACCUUUUUAUAAUGGAUUUUGGAUAACUUUUAAAAAGCCUCUUGCUUAUAGCAUUGCGAUUGGAAUACACUGGUUUUCACAGAGUUUCAUGGUCAACACGGAUUCAAGUCUUAGGCGGAGCAUCGAUUUAAAAGGUGUUUGAUGUGUAGCAUAUAAUUGCAUGAAAAUGGAAGCAACGUACGGUUUUUCACCGACAAUUACACGUUGUUAGCUGCUCAAUGUUUGCUUUCCACCUUUGGCA